CCGGCGCUGGCUCGCGCGCUUCGGCUGCUGCCUUCGGUCCUGGUCCUGAGCCUGGUCCGCGCCACCAUGAGCCGGUGCGCCGAGGCGGCGGCGGUGGCGGCCACCGUGCCGGGCGCGGGCGUCGGAAACGCGGGGCCGCGGCCGCCCAUGGUGCCCCGCCAGGCGUCCUUCUUCCCGCCGCCGGUGCCCAACCCCUUCGUGCAGGAGACGCGGGUGGGCGCGGCGAGGCGCAUCCAGAUUUUCUUUCUUGGAAUUAUCCUGCUUCCAAUUCGUGCCUUCUUGAUUGCAUUCAUUCUAGUGCUGGCAUGGCCCUUUGCUGCAAUUCCCACAGCAUGCUGUCCCGAAAAGCUGACCCACCCGCUAACUGGUUGGAGGAGGACAGUGACCCUGCCUGUUCUGAAGUUUCUGGCUCACGCCUUGUUCUUUGUCAUGGGAUUCAUGGUUUCCGUGAAAGGCAAGAUGGCCAGCGCCGCGGAAGCACCAAUUUUUGUCGUGGCUCCUCAUUCGACGUUCUUUGACGGAAUCGCUUGUGUGGUAGCGGGGCUGCCUUCCAUGGUGACUCGAAGUGAGAACAUGCAGGUGCCUCUGAUUGGCAGAUUGUUGCAGGCUAUUCAGCCAGUGUUGGUGUCCCGGAUAGAUCCAGAUUCACGAAAAAACACGAUAAAUGAAAUAAUAAAGCGAGCCACGUCAGGAGGAGAAUGGCCCCAGAUACUAGUUUUCCCAGAAGGUACUUGUACUAAUCGUUCCUGUUUGAUUACUUUUAAACCAGGAGCCUUCAUUCCAGGAGUUCCAGUACAGCCCAUCCUCCUCAGAUACCCAAACAAGCUGGACACGGUGACUUGGACAUGGCAAGGAUAUACGUUCCUUCAACUUUGCAUCCUUACUUUCUGCCAGCCUUUCACCAGGGUGGAAGUGGAGUUUAUGCCUGUUCAAGUACCCAACGAUGAAGAGAAAAGUGAUCCUGUCCUUUUUGCUGGUAAAGUUCGGGAUUUGAUGGCUGAAGCGCUGGGAAUUCCAGUCACGGAUCAUACCUAUGAAGAUUGCAGAUUGAUGAUUUCAGCAGGACAGCUUACAUUGCCUAUGGAGGCUGGAUUGGUAGAAUUUACCAAAAUUAGCCGGAAACUAAAAUUAGACUGGGAUAGCAUUCGGAAGCACCUGGAUGAAUAUGCAGCUAUUGCAAGUUCAUCCAAAGGAGGAAGAAUCGGUAUUGAAGAGUUUGCUGAGUAUUUAAAGUUGCCUGUUUCAGAUGUCUUGAGACAACUUUUUGCACUUUUUGACCGGAACCGAGAUGGCAGUAUUGACUUCCGCGAGUAUGUGAUCGGCCUGGCUGUCCUGUGCAACCCUGCCAACACAGAGGAGAUCAUCCAGGUGGCAUUUAAGCUCUUCGAUAUGGAUGAAGAUGGCUUAAUAUCAGAAGAGGAAUUCUCCACCAUCCUACAGGCUUCCCUCGGAGUUCCUGACCUGGAUGUUUCUGGGCUCUUCAAGGAAAUAGCUCAGGGAGAUUCCACGGUGUCCUACGAGGAAUUUAAAAGUUUCGCCCUAAAGCAUCCAGAAUAUGCCAAGAUAUUUACUACAUACUUAGACCUCCAGACGUGCCAUGUGUUUUCAUUACCAAAAGAAGUUCAGGCAACUCCCUCCUUUGCAAGUAAUAAAGUCAGUCCUGAAAAUCAUGACGAGAGCACCUCAGACAAAAAAGAUGACUGAAAGCAAAUACGCCCAUGAAGGAAAAUGGGCAAGUCGCCUUCACUUAACUUGAGAAAGACUUCAUUGAUAGUAUUUCAGAUGUGAUUGUUGCUGAAAUGAUGCUGAAAAAAGAAAAGCUUGUGUUUCCUUAUUAAAAUGCUUCCAUUCACAUGUGUAUAUCAAGUAAUAUUUCUUUUCUGUUCUAUGGUAAUGUGCUGAUUGGUUUACUGGUACUAAACAUGAAUUUUCCAGUUUAAUUUGCAUAGCAAAUGAAUGAAGGUAUGACUUACUUCACACUGCAAGGAGUAUAUUUUGUAGUCUACUUUCCUCUAAGGAAAUACAUUAAUAUUAAUCUCUAAUCCCUUAAGGAAAGCCUACCCUUUUAUCCUGAUCUGGAGAUACAGAACUUUGUCUUAAAGAUAACUGCUAUGACCAAAGGCUAAGUAGGAAUUGCCUUAUUGAAAACAAUUCAAUAUUGAUUGCUUAAUAAGAAGAUGAAUUGUUUGUCACAAGUUUGGUUUAAUUUGAGCCGGGGAGCAGUUGUAGCAGAGUGUAGCAUUAGUUGUCUACUAAUGAAUCCGAUUUUCUCUAUUCAUAUAAUAUUUUAUAAUUAAUAUACUUCUGUCAUUCAAGUAGGGGUUUCAUUAAGUAUACUUCCAAGCUCCAGAGCUUGUCUUGCAUCUACAAGGAAAAUGCAGAGAUAUCAAAGUUAUAACCAAAAGCCAGGGAAUCCCAAAUACACUUUGUAAAUUGGAGUUAAACAUAUUUAACCCCCAGGUAGGAGUCUGAGAGUGAAAUGUUUCCUUUAGGCUAACCGAUAAGUUUCUUCAGUGCCAUCUUAUUGGCUGUCAUGUUUAUUGUUCAUCGUUUAUGUAUGAAAUGCUGAAAGAACAAGCAGGUAAUAUGAUAUACAGAAAUAAUUGGUUGAUAGUUGUCUGACAACAGAAAUAGUCUGACAACAGAAACUGUGUCUGAAUUUAGCCUUUAAAUUCAAACUCUUUAUCUUAGGUGUAUUUCUGAAUACAUCGGUAAUUCACCUCCAGACAAGUUUUAUAAAACCAUUUUGAAGUUAAGAAGGCUGGAGUUGGGGGCUGGAGCGAUAGCACAGCGGGUAGGGCGUUUGCCUUGCAUGCGGCCGACCCGGGUUCAAAUCCCAGCAUCCCAUAUGGUCCCCUGAGCACGGCCAGGGGUAAUUCCUGAGUGCAGAGCCAGGAAUAACCCCUGUGCAUCGCCAGGUGUGACCCAAAAAAAGCAAAAAAAAAAAAAAGAAGGCUGGAGUUGAGAGAUGCUGGAGUUUAUACUUGAUCAAGUCACGAUUACAAACUCAUUUUACGUAGUGAGCAAUAGCAUUGUAAUUUUAUAACAAAUAUGUCUUUGUAUAGUUGCUUACUUAUUAAGCAUUUCAUCCUUAAGUGUUUCUAAUUGUUUUGCUUCAUUUUUUAAGGCCAUUUAGACAAAGCAUUGAAGGAACUAAAUGCAAUUACUUUUGUAAUUGGGAAAGUACGUGUUUUAAAUAAUCUCUGUCAUAUGCAGUUGAAUGUAUGUCAUACUCUGGUACCAGGAUUUUUUAAAAUCAUCUUGAAGUUACAUUUUAAUCAUGGUCAUCAUGAAAAAAGUAGCAUUGUAAAUUUAAAACUUCUGUGAGACUCUUGAAAGUGAUUUCAUUGUUUUCCUGGUUUUAAAGAUUUUAUGUUUUUCAAUUCCAUGUCCACCAGUGUAAUAUUUUCUAUCUUAUUAUGUUCCUGAGUAAACAUCUGGCUCUAUGAAGUUCCUAUCAAUUAAAAAAUUCUGGCUUUGCCAUUU